AUGACUGACGAGAACAAGCCCAUCGACGACGCCUCCAUGGGACCCAAGUUUGAAAGGGAUGGAGAAACCUCUCGUCAGCAAACUUCAAGAACGAGGAGUGCUCAACGACCAGGACAUGUAGCACAUGGAACAUCAACGAUCCUGCACCUAACUCUGUCUCUGACAAGUUCAAAUCCAUGGCUCAAACUCACAAAUGUCCCUUCUAUCUUCGAUAAACGUGGAUUUGGUCGAUACGAUUAUGAUGCUCUACAUCUGACAACUACUGGAACUAUUGUAGACCCCGGUUCCCAAGGUGUAGCUCCUUAA